GAGACCAAAUUACUUGCUUUCGUUUCACCAACCCUAGUUUUUGCGGCAUUGGGAAUUAAGAAGACUGAGCAAGUCAUUUCCUACACGGUGUUAGUCAUGAGGGUUCGACUACUGACGGAAAAAAAGAGAGGUGAACCUCCCGGCGGAAGUACUGCACUGUUGAUGUCUAAGCGAGCUGAUCAAGGUCUGGACUCGAUGAGCCAAAAUAAAUAUAGACCCUUCAAGAUAUGGAAUGAUCUGCCCUUCCACAAUAACGGCCACGGAUUACGGUUAGAAGGGUCUCCCGAAUGGGCCCCGUCGAGUAGGCGUGCGAGAUCAUUGGAGUAAACAAUGAAUGGAACAAGGGUAAGAACAGAAUCGUGACCAGUUUCGGUUGUGUCAAGACUGAGCAAAACGGACGUGGAGAGAAUCAGUUGAGUGUGUGUGUGUAUGUGUGGCAGUGCGGCUAUCCCGGCUCUUUACACCGUACAUGAGGGAUCUGGUCGGGUGUGUAAGAUCUUCUGGUUGGGUAGAGUCGGGACGGGUUAGGUGUCGGGUUGCUUCUACUUCUGCUCCGAUUGCGUCCAUCAUGGUCCCCUCCGUUCCUCGGCUGCUCACUGUCCUCAGCGCACGAUGGGGGUUGCUGCUUCUGGGGUCGGUCGCACGGGACCUCUUUAGAAAUUCGGCUCCUUUCAAAGCAGUUUGAGUUCACCACGACUCCG